AUGCAUGUGCCAAAACAGGCAGGCGAGCUCAACGUGAUUCUGAGAAGCUACGAGCCAGGCGACUGGCUUGGACGUCAUGUAGAUGAUGUUCGUAUGUUUGGCGAGCCUGUUUUGGCAGCAAUCUUGCAGCCAGGCGGUGCCAGGGAUGGUCUUCGCUUCUCCUUGCCCAGCGAUGUCGCCGGCCUGAGGGCUGCCGUACACGACGCAGAGGAGGCCCAUGCGGCCCCACUUCAUCUGCAAAGUCUCGAGGAAAGCGAAAACGGUGAAGCGGCAGUACGGCAGUACCAGGUGCUGGAGAGAGUCGGCACGGUGCUUUGCAUGGAGCGCGAAGCGCGCUUCUUGUACGGCCACGAGGUGCCCAAGGUUUCGUGCCCACGGGUGUCCAUGACCUGGCGCUGGCUGCACCCCAGGUUCCAAGCGGAGGUUGACGAAGUGAGAGGUCUGCGUGCGUUCUCUGGACUGCGGCUUGAUACUUACACGGAUGUUGAAUCGCACAGUAUUUGCCACGGAUGGUGCGGUAUCCGCAGUUUGCCCCGCAAGUUGCGCACAUCCCGGCACGUGGUGCCCGUGGCGUGGAGAUAUGUGGAGAUGUUCGUGCAUCCUGGUGCUCACCUGAGGAAGCAGCGAGAAGAGAUCCAUGCAGAGUUGGUGAAGGAAGGUAUUGAGAGCCCACCGCCGCUUCCUGUCAAUGACGGAGAUCCUUCCGAAGCGAAUGAGGACUUGUUCGACAAGCUAGCUGGAACAGAAGGCCUCAAAGGGAAAACAGAGAAUCAAGAAGCUUGCCUAUGCCUGCCGGGAACUCUCCACCUUCCAGAAAGCCAAAAGAAAAUGUCCGGUGAUGCGGAGGAAAGUGAGAGAGGACUCCUCACCUUCCUUGGCACGAAGUGGCACCGAGAGAAUGGACGGGUCAACUCGCACAUCAACCCGCUUUUUGACAAGUACGAAAAAGAGAAGAUUACAUUUGACAAGCUGCUGGACGACCUUCACGCGAAGGCAUCUGCGGCAGAGUCUGCUGCCACCACGCUGAAAGAGGCUUUUCACAAGGUUCAAGUGGCGCAUGAAGAAGGAAACUGCCAGCGAGCGACUGCUGCUGCAGAGGCCAACUUCCAGGAGGUGCCACAAUGCAAGUCAGACCUCGAUCAGGCAUCCGCAGACAUGACAGUGCACCUGGACCAUGCUCAGCCCAGCUGCAAGCGGGGAGCCGUGGCGCUGCAGGCUCCUCUGGUGGCACCGCAGUUUUUUCCGCUGCCUGGCCCAGAUGUGGACCUGAAGGGCAAGGCGAUCCUGGGAGCUACUCUUCCAGACCACCCCCUUCCUGCUGUGCCAGAAGCUGUCUUUCAACCUGGGAAGCAGGUGGCUGCGUCCCGUGCCACCUGCGGACGUCCCGGGGAGCCCCCAAACCAGGUUUGCCUCCUUGUCUCCAAUGACUUGGAAGGGUUCCUGCCCUACCGGCUUCUGGUCUCAGAGGCGAAAGGCUUGGCCUUCGCAUCUGCUACUCCGGCUCCCGACUUUUCACUGGACCCUGCAGAUAUUAUCCAGGUGCAGCGGCUGCCGCGUGAGGCCUGGCAGGAUGACCGGCCUUUCAGCGAGCUCCGGAGGAGAAUAGAAGCGAGAAAAGACUUGCAAAGCUCCGCUGAUUGGAGUGUGCAGGACCGCUUAUGGCCCCCAUACUUUCAUUUGAUCCAUCUGAUGGCCCGGAACUUGGGGGAGCCUCUGCACCAUGUCGCGAACAGGGCAGCACUGCUUGUGAGCUUUAUCUGA